GAAGGAGAAAUCGAAAUUGAUGACUCAAAAUUAUUAAAAAUUUGGAAAUAUACUUGCCCUAGCAAAGAUGAAUUUAUUACAACUUUAUGUGACUUCAAUGAAGCACUUUAUGAAGUUACAUUGGAAUUAUUCAUUUAUCCGUUUGAUCAACCUUUAAUAAAUCUUGAAAAAAAUAAACAUACUGAAUGGGAGUUUUAUGAUGAAAAACAA